AUGAAUAACGAGAGCACAACCAAGGCCCCCAAGGAUAAAAUCUGCGCCUAUUGCCGACAGGCUUUCACAUCAUCCUCUCUUGGCAGACAUCUUGAUCUCUACAUCAAAGAGAAAAAUCCCAAGGCGCCUGACGGCAUCCAUAACGUCGACGAGAUCCGGAAGCUCCGGGGCAGCAUCACACGUCGCCAGCCUAGGGGCGGUGGCCGGAGGGACACCACGGCCUCGGCAGCCACCGGCAAAGAGGGCAAUGAUGGAACGACCGCCCUUCACAAGGGAAAUCCGCAACGGGCUGCCAACCGACAGACGAUGAAAUCUUCCCUGGAGGUCAGACAGAAAUUUCAAGAUGCUCUCGACACGGCAAAGGCUGCGGAAUUGGCACUGCGUGAAAUGAUCAGCUCGUGGAGGGCUGCCAAGCACCAGUUUGACUUUGAAUCCAUGCCUUUUGACUUCAAUCCGCUUUCUUUAGACUUUCCUGGGCUUUGUCUUCAAUGUUUGAAGCCACCGCCGACGCUACACUCCUCCACACCAUACUCUACCUUGACUUCCUGGUCUCUUGAUCCUCCAGGGCAGAAACAACAUGCCGCCCUCUCCACUUAUUUCCGGGAGGAAUUUCGACAGUGGAAAGCCUCCUGCACCGCUGUCACGAUGGCCAUGGCGGAGGAACUGACGUACCCGCCCUCCCAGGCCACAACACGACAGGAGGAUGCUAGAGAGCUGGUCCAGAAGGCCGAAAUGGCAGCAGAGUCGCUCGAGGCGCAGGUAGCAGAACAUUUGUCGACCGUCUUCUAUGCCUGGGAGCAAUUGCCAGCCCCAAGGCAGCAGGAACUAUGGAGUCUGGAGAUGGCAAGGAGUGUUGGGAGGAAACAGGAACAGCUCGAGGCCCUGAAAGAGACGCAGCAUUCCCUUAGGCAGGAGAACACGAACCUCAAGGCCCAGAUCGACAGCCUCAACCAACAGCAGCAGCCCAAGGAGUUCAGACUUGUCCCACCGAUGACGCUAAGGGUAGAUCCGAAGCUGGUGGAUCUAUGGACCGAAGGAGGCGUCGGUGGCCAGCGCUCGGCUAUGAUGGAAGACCGCCACGCAGACCUUGGUACAGUGGUGUCAGGUGCCAUCGAGAGAUGGAAGAACGUGGUCGUGACCUCAAGGGUCACGAGCAGCAUGAUCUCGCAGAGAAAUUUCGAUGCAUCCGCCACGACACCUCUGCAGACCCCCACGUCAGCUACUUACCCCGUAACGCCGGAUGUUCCGAAGGCGACACGGCAACAGCCGGGGUUUGAAACCCGGCAGUCCCGGUAUCCACAGUCCUCGCCGAACGUUCAGUCAUCUGUGGCUCGGAAUGUGUCCGUCAGUUCUGUCGGCCCAAUGAUGGGAUCGACGAGCGAGACGAAGCCAUCCGCCGCUAGCACACCGUCGGAGUCACAAAUGGACUCAGAUGAGGACGCUGAUGCUGAUGCUGAUGAGGAUGAGGAUGCGGACCAUCCAUCCACUCUUCGACCGAACACGUACCCCCAGAGAGCCAGUAACUACGCCGACCCCGGCGUCCUUGCCGCCCAACAACAACAACAACAACAACAACAACAGGUCCACAUGAGCCAACAAGCCUUCGAUCACCAAAUGCAGAACCUGACCCAUCACCUCAACCAGGGGGGACAUGGAGGACACAAUAUGGGUUGGGAUAAUCAAUGA